AUGUCUGUGUUCAAGGUUGACCCACCUGAGGAUGAUAGCAAAGACUUCGCCGAGCAGGCUAUAGGAUCUUUAGAGGUGCCUAAGUCGACGGUCACUGGAGCCCCCUCCUUCCAGUGGCACGUCGGGGUCUACAGCAAGCGCUGGGCGCCGUACAUGCAGACAUGCGGCGGGUCGCUCGUCAAACGCGACUUCGUUAUAUCAGGGUCGUCUCCGGUGCUGCUGCCGGGUACCAGCGCCCCCUCCUUCCAGUGGCACGUCGGGGUCUACAGCAAGCGCUGGGCGCCGUACAUGCAGACAUGCGGCGGGUCGCUCGUCAAACGCGACUCCGUUAUAUCAGCGGCCCAUUGUUUCUGGGACGACGCAACUGGUCAGCAACCCGCGAGCCACUUCGCGGUGGCCGGCGGCAAGCUCUUCCGUUUGUUUUGUCCUCAGGUAUCGCAGAUAUACCUGCCGGUCCGGUUCCGUGGCGGCGCCACCAGUUUCCAGGAGGACAUAGCCGUCCUGCUGCUGUCCACCUCCUUCACUUACACCCCGGGCGUGCAGCCCGUCUGCGUGAACUUCGACGCGCAAUUCCAGGAGGAGCAGCUUCAACCGGAGAAUAUGGGGACGGUCCUGGGCUGGGGUCUGACGGAGGAGAACGGCACCCCAUCCCAGCGCCUCACAUACCUGGACCUCCCGUACGUUGGCGUUGACGAGUGCUUCGCGGACUCCGAGCCCUCCUUCCACAAGUACAUCACGAGCGACAAGAUCUGCGCCGGAGACACUGUUACUGGCAAAGCGCUCUGCCGCGGCGACAGCGGCGGGGGCUUCGUGAUCUACUCCGGCGACCUCCCAUACCUCCACGGCGUCGCCUCCGCCGCCGCCGCCAACAAGAACCUCUGCAACGCCUUCGCCAUCGCUACCUUCACCAGCGUAUACCCCCUCCGCGCUUUCCUGACCCGCCUCAUUCCGGGCAUAGAUAAGGAAUGUACACCAGAGGCAACAGUGUCGCCAGAUAGAAUCAAUCUAGAUCUUGAGACAGAAGAUAUAGGUACAGCAGGGCCGGUAGUUGCUAAAACUAACGUCACGAACCUGCCGUAUUUUCCUUAUCCUAGUAACUUUGUGUGCAAUUGCAAUUGUAAGCCUUAG